UUUCAGAUGGAAACUAUCAAUGAUGCUGUUUCUCCUCAAAGUAAUAAAAGUCCACGAUCUUCACAGGUUUGCUGUUUCACAAGGGUUGGAGUUGCCAGAUUGCCACAGAAUGUAACUUUGUUUGAGGUUGAAAGUAGAAGUAUAAAGCUUGCAUGGAUGACACCGACUGACGUUAAGGGAAUUUUAUAUGGAUACCGCGUCAUCUUAAGGGUAGAAGGUGUAUGCAAAGUGGAAGUAGUGUAUCAGUGUACAGAUUGUGUAGGAGCACAAACAGUUCUCCUUAAAACCUGUGAUGUCCAAAAGAAGGUGAAUAUCAGUUCUGUAGAUGCAUACUCAAAAGUUGUUACAACGAUUGAUGGUCUGUUCCCAUAUAUCAGUUAUCAUGUCUGGAUUGCUGCAGUAAAUGGAAAUGGUGACGGAGAAAAAAAUGAAACAUUAGUUAUGACAGACUCUGAAGUCCCUGAAAUAGCAAGCAGUGUGAUAACUACAGUACAAAGUGCAACAGUCAUAAAGGUCAAAUGGACCAAACCAACUGUGAAACCAGGCAACACGACGUAUAAGAUAAAAGCGUAUGAAGUUUUGGGAGGAACAUAUACAUAUGUGAAAGAUAUCAUAAUAAAUGGAUAUGACAAAGAAACUGUUGAUUUCACUGGACUAGAGGAGUACUGGGACUAUACAUUUACUGUAACAGCAAGUACAAUCAAAGGUGCCGCUACAUCACUUAUGACUACAGCUGUAAAGACAAACCAAGCUCCUCCAGGAAAAGUGACAAAUUUUGAGAUAAUGACACCAGCGAAUGUUUUUACGACAAUGCAAGUUUCAUGGGCUAUACCUCUAUUAAGAGAACGAAACAGUAUCAUAAAAGAGUAUACAAUUAAACAUAACAUCAGUGGGAUUACGAUAGUUGAAACUAUUCCUGCGGAAUCUGAGAUGUUACAAAAAUUUUAUUACAUUACUCCGGAUAGAUACUACAAAGUUGAGCUAUCUGCAGUAAACAUACUUAACCAACAUGGAGAGAAAGUACACAAAAUAUAUUUUGCGUCAUCAACGAGUAAAGCACCAUUGUCAGAUACAGGAUAUUCAAUUGGAACAGUAGUUGGAGCUGCAGUUGGUGGUAUUCUAUGUAGUGUUCUUGUUCUCGUAUUAAUAUUUUGGUUAUUCUGGAGACACAGAAUAAAUAAAAAUUCUAAACCGUCAAGAACAAAACAUGCACGUGAAGAGUCAAAAAUUGGAGACCAGUACGAAGACAUAGGAAUGGACAGUGCAUCUUCUUACCAAGACUUUGGAGAAAAAGACAGUCCGAAUAUAUACGACCAGAUUGGUCGAGUAAAUACUGUAGACAAACACUAUGAAAACAUGUUACCUUAAAAGUAUUUUAACCUGCUUUGCUUUAUUGAUAUUUAUUGUAACAAAUGUCAUCUUGCACUACCCAUGUACAUUGA